UCGCAGUCGCAGCACUUCUUCUCUGUCCUAAUUGGCGAAGACCGGCGACCGCAUCUCUGUCAUUGACAGGUAGGUCUAUCACCAUCACCGGAGAGCCACCACAUUUGCACCACCAUAACCCAGACAUCUCCAUCUCCGUCAGUAACUGUCCGAUAAUGACAGAGGAAUUGGAGACCAAGACAACUAUGGCCGAUGAGGAACAGAAUUCUCUGACAUAUAUACCGGAGGUAAUAUUGAAAAAAAGGAAGAGCAAUGAACAGUGGGCAAUUAGAAGGAAACAGCAGUUGGAGCAGAGUGUUAGGAAAAUCAAGGGUGACAGUUUUGUUAUCAAGAAGCCUGAGCACUUUAUCAGAGAGUACAGAGACAAGGAGUUGGAUUUCAUCCAAAUGAAAUACAGGGGAAAGCGGAAAAGACGAGCUUUGGUGACACCAGAAUCCAAGCUCAUUUUCAUCAUUCGCGUACAAGGAUAUCCAAAUCUCAAGAGAGUGAAGGACCUGAUAUACAAGAAAGGUGCAGCGAAAUUUAACAAGAAAAUAGUUCCUUUGACUGACAACAACAUUAUUGAAGAGUAUGGCAUCGUCUGCAUAGAAGACAUCAUAAACGAGAUUGCUAACGUGGGUCCACAUUUUAAGGAGGUUACUAGUUUUUUGUGUCCCUUCACCCUCAACAAACCAGAGAAAGCACUGCAGGGUAAGAAAAGGCUAUAUAUUGAUGGGGGAGACACCGGAAAUCGUGAGGAUCACGUCAAUGAGUUAAUUAGUAAGAUGAAUUAGCGAUCAGAAAACAGAUCGUGGGCAACACCAUCACAUCUGGUAAAAUUGUAGGGGAUGUAAAAAUUUUUUAGAGCACUUACUUUGGCUUGCUUAAUAUUUAUGAUGAUCAGGGUUUUGGUUUUCAUAUCAUUAUGUACUCGUUGAGCUACUGAAAUGCUAUGCGAGUACUUUGUAGAUUGUAAAAUUGUUAUCUGGACAAUUUUGAACUUGAGACUUGAUUGUUAGUAGGGAACGUUUACGG